AGCCAAAUCUCAUGUACUUGAUGGUGUAUUGUUACAAGGGGAUCUGCACUGUAAACUGAACAGCCCAACAUUCGCACGUGAAACAUGCGAGUGGUGAUUGCGGCCGGUUGCAACGUCGAGUUCCCAGACAUACAAGUCUAACUCCACUCCUAAGGCGAGACAACAAUGGAUGACGGCGUGAUUGUUCGACGUGCAUCAGUGGAGGACUACAAUGCAGUUAUGGACAUAAACAAACAUGUCUACUUUGGCCUGGACUACAUACCGUCUCAGUAUCUGGACAUGGCACAGGACCCAGACUUCGCCCUGUAUGUGUGUGAGCACGAAGGCAAAGUGAUAGCGUUUGAGGCCGUUUGUGAGGUCAACGGAGGUCACACCCUGAUGAUGAGGUCAGCUCGUGUGCACCAGGACUAUCAAGGUCGAGGCCUUCUUUUGAAAUUGCGGAAGCAAAUUGAAAAGGACUUCUCAAGAAAUCCAUUGGUUCACAGCAUUGCCUCCAGUUUGGCAGCAACCGUCAAAUACAGGGAGAAUGCCUCUUUUUUGGCCAAGAACACACUUAUGUUUGAACGGGUCUUGUUCUACCACACAUGCAACAUACAUGAAGCCAUAGAGAAAACAACCGUUAAGAGCAACGCACAGCAGAUAUCAUCUCAAGAGUUUUGUAACCUCUUUGAAAACGAAAAGCUUAUGAAAUAUUUGUUUCCAUGGCAACGUGUCGCAAUCAACAGCUGGCAUCUGAGACUGAUUGCCGAAAAUAGACGCCAUAUUGACAGACAGAAACCGGUUAUUUUUAUCAGCCAAGGUUUAGAGCAGUGUGGGGGGUUUCUCACACUGGGGCUGGUGAUUAGGGUCCCUGUGGGUUUAGCACUGCAUUUGGAAAUCUACGGUAGCAGUGACGACACGGAACUGGAGAAACACUUGUACAGCCAGAUGUUGGCCGUGAGGGGGUUAACCUCGGAGAAGGUGCACCUCAUGUCAUACUGUGAGACAACGUUGGAACCUUCGGUGAUAUCCAAGCUGUACGCGCGUUUGGAGUUCGAUGUGAUGGACAACCCUUUUAGGACUUUACAGUUCUUUGAGGAGGACUUCCACCCUGAUGUAGCUGAAUCUACUAAAUCUUGAUUUAUAUCAUGCUUCUGUUGUUGAUCUCGUGUGAUGUUUGUGAUCAGAACUGGAUUUGGCUAAAUUCAGUGAGUGAGUGAGUGAGUUGGGUUUAACGCCGCUUUUAAACAGUAUUCCAGUUAUAUCGCGGCGUGUCAGCUUAAUGUGGGAGGAAAGAACGAAGUGAUGCAGAUCUCAGGCGU